GAGUGUGUGUGUGUGCAUCGACUCCGAAUGACCUGGUCCCUGUUGGCUGUGGUGUGCACCUAUGGGUUGUCAGGUGUGUUGGCGGCAGCUCAAGUCAACCCCAAACUGGUCAUCAACGUUACUGUCGGUGAGAACCUCUUCCUCCCAAUCCCAUCCGCAGCCGAAGCUGAGACCACACAGACUGUGGAGUGGAACCACAGCCGCUCCUCUGGGCUGCGAUCGAUUGCAAAGGUAUACCCCCGCGGGAAUAAUCCCACCAAACGCUUUGGCGAUUACUUGAGCCGCGUUGACCUGCAACCCGAUGGCUCUCUCCGGCUGCUCAGCGCCAGGCUGAGUGAUGCGGGAGAGUAUUCCUGUGUCACCACCGAUCAGAGCGGCCAAGAGCUCACCCGGAGCUUCACAGUCUACGUGUCUGUGACGGGGUUUGCCGGGUGGCCGGUGACUGAUGCUGGAGGCUCUGACCUUUCUGUCCUCGUCCCCCCAAGUGAGACAAAUGGUUGUCCCGUGGUAACUCGAGUUGAUGUCGCUGCAUUCAGUGCAGCCGCUGCAGCGCUGCUUGUGAUGUUCGCCAUCAUCGUUUGGGUCGUUGUGAGAUGCCGCAGGAGCAGAUCAACCGGUGGAGAUAUAAGAAAAAAUAGUUACGAGUUGCAUGAAAAGGAAACAAUUCAGAAUGAUGACACCUAUGAAAGUAUGGGGAGAGUGCCAUAACUCACAACCAAUGCAAACAAAACCCUCUUCCAUGCCAUCAUCACUUCCCAGCUG